AACUUUAUUACAAGGAAGCACGAAGUUGAGGAUAGAAAUUCUUCUGUAGCUCGUAAACCAGAACAUCAUUCGACAAAAUAUCAUAGUGCCCAGCAUCGAGUACCCGAAUCUCCGCACCUGGGAACCCCCGACGAAUUCCUAUAUCCUCCCAUUCCUGCUGAGCAUGUGCUGGUAUACAUGAGUGUAUACCCUUGUCAGCCAGGAAAACCGUAACUGGACAAUUCAGCUGCCGAAGCCAUCGACUGAGAGCACCCAUAUCAGGCGAUCUGACUCGAUCGCGGGUGGUAAUCUCUUCUAGGAAAUCAUAUACAGCGGAGAGGAAUACCUCGAGAAAGUCCCCAAAGUUCCGGAGGAACGGGUCAACUGGGAUUCUCUUCCAUGCCUCCGUGAGCCCAUCCGCGAGUUUGUGUCGGCGAACGACUUUGCCGCCUGAAUCCUUGCGGAGAAGGUGACAGACGAAAAAGUAGUUCUUUUCGACGAACUGGGCACGGACUUGGUCCCGCGACAUGACUGAGAGGUCGAUGUCGAGACCCAUGGGAGGAGCGAAGAAGACGGUGGGGAAGUGGUCGAUGAAGACAAGCUGUAUUAUUUUUUCUCCGCUCUCUUCGAUGAUGUGAACCAUUUCAAGUAGGGUUAUGGCAGUCGCGGAGAAUGCGGCGAGGCGAUAAGGUCCCCGUGGUUGCUCCUCCUAGAACUCCGCCUGUGCGUGUAUGGAGGUGAGCGGGGUAUCGGGUGUGGAUUGUAUGGCCCAUAUUGAAGAGUGGAAUUUCUUCUGGAGAGGUCCAAAACUGUGAAUGUUACCGCCUCCUCCUGUAGUGCGGGUAUGUGAAUGAGUAUCGAUAGUCAGGAUAGAAACUAGCGACGGACCAUGAAGCAUAAUGAGCGGUAUCUGGCCAGGGAUAUUUCUAAGCUUGACGAUAACCUCUUUCGCUGGUGGUACACGGGGCCACUUAAUUUGCUGAUUUGCCAACUCAUCCUCCGGACUUGGGUCGACCAUGAACUGCGAUGUAGGUUCAGCGUUCGACAUAUUGUCAAGCGGUCAAAGAUUGAGUAGACUGAGGCCGUAUGGUAAGUGAGAGAUGUGUAUCAUGUCGCCCUCCAAGACUCAAGUAGUUAUAUGUAAGCUGUGUGGUGAACCGUGCGCCAGAUCCGAAUCUUUCUCGGAGUUCUAUAGAAAGUAGUGGUAACAAUAAAAACAGAUUGAAACUGACUUGGCAGGAACUGGAGGGUACUGUUGAUGAUGAUCAGAAUGAGAGUCGGAGGUUCUGAUUUCUCGAGCUCUACGGUGAUUCGGUGAAGGACGCCUGCUGAUGGUGACUCCAGCUCGCUACGUGACCACUGACGGCUAUUGGGCCGCUUCGCCUUUUCGCACGGAGCACAGCUAAGCUUUGGCUGAGCUCUUCCCGAACCAGUUCAUUACACCUCGGCUGCAGUGAGCCUUCAAGUAAGAACACCUCGGCAGGCCGUCGGGUACUAGGAAUACCAUUCCUGAUCUUCGGGAUCUUCGGAUUAGGAAGGAAGUCUAUGACGGCAAUCGGGAAUGUAGUUUUCCCCCCAGCUCCUUCGGCUUCAAUUUAAUCGAGACUUGACUGAUACCUACCACCAUGUCGCCCCCCUCUGCUCUUUCAUCGAAACAAGACACAUCUAUAGGCUCGGUAGAAGUGAAAGUUGUUGAGAGCGCUCAAGAGCUGCCAGUGUCACCACCUCCGAAUGGUGGGAUACGGGCAUGGUGUACUGUACUCGGUGGCUUCUUACUUCAAUUUGCUUGCGGAGGCUACUCCGUCUCCUUUGGCGUAUAUCAAGAUUUCUACGUUCGCGAGUUUCUUACCAACUCCUCUCCCUCGGCGAUUUCUUGGAUCGGAAGCGUGAAUACGUGUCUGCUUAUUGCGGGAGGCGUCAUUGCAGGUCGUUUGUAUGAUCGCGGAUACUUCUACUGGCUUCUCUAUGGCGGAUCCUUCUUGACCGUCUUUUCGUUAUUCAUGUUAUCUCUGGCGAAGCCAAAUCAUUACUACCAGGUAUUCCUAAGUCACGGAGUCGGCGCUGGCCUCGGUGUUGGAAUGACCUACGUCCCAAGCAUUGCGAUUACCGCGCAAUACUUCUCCACAAGGCGCGCACUUGCAAUGACGACUAUCGCUACUGGCGCCUCUAUUGGCUCGAUCGUUCACCCCAUCAUGCUCAACAACACAUUCAAGAAACUCGGUUUCGGGAACGCAGUCCGUGCCAGCGCUGGCUUAGUUGCCGGGCUGCUUAUAAUCGCUUGCUGUUUGAUGAGAACGCGAACGACAGUCACAAAACAAGGAUCUGGGAGCUCUAAAUCUGUUCUGAAAGGGAUAGCCAAAGACCCGGCGUACAUCGCCGCGACCCUUGGUUUGAUGGUUUUGUCGAUCGGGUUCUACUUCCCACUUUUCUACAUUCAGCUCGAUGCCGUCGAGCACAACCUCAACCAAACAUUUGCCUUUUAUUCUCUUGUAAUUCUCAAUUUUGCCAACGCUCUCGGUCGUAUCAUUCCCGGUUUUCUUGCUAACACGUUGGGAAUUGCGAACAUGAUAACCGCCUCAACCCUAAUAUGUUCCGCCGUGACGUUCGCCAUGAUUGGCCUCCAUAACGAGGUUGGCGUCGUGUUCAUCGCUCUCAUCUACGGUUUCGUGAUAGGAGCUAUCAUUUCCUUGAUGGGUCCGUUGAUCGUUCUCCUCACUAGCGAUAUCUCAGAGCUCGGUGCACGCAUGGGGAUUGCCUAUUUCUUCUCUGGCAUUGCUGGGCUCAUCGGGACUCCCAUUGCCGGGGCACUGCUCACCAAAGACUUUAUAUGGUGGAGACCUGCUGUAUUCAGUGGGGCUACGAGUCUCGUAGGCGGAGCGUUCUACAUUCUGAUGCUGGUCAUCAUGAGGCGGAAAAAGUUGAGGUCUGAGAAACUUGCUCAUAUUCAAGAGUGAAUUGUAAACGCGUUGCUGUAUCAUUCUCCAAAUACCAUAGUACGACUUGAUCAUGAUUGGAC